AUGAGCGAGCUUCUCAACUUCAUCCUAGACCAUGAAGAAGCAUUCAGAAGAGCCCGCCUAGCCUCCCUCUACUCCGACUUCCGCUACCAGCAAGCCACGAACCCCGACGGCUAUGUUGCGAACAUCAACGCCUGGCGCAAAGCCUUAAUCGAUGCCUCGCGCGCCGGUCUACUCCCCGGACAAGGAGCCUCGAAUGACCUACUCUCCAUCAGGACUGGCGAGGAGCUGGCGCGGGCUCUGGAGACGAAACAAUGGGGCCGGCCGCUCGCUCUAGGAGCCGUGAUACACGAUGCGGUGUCAAAGAAAGAGAUGAUCCCACUCAAGGAAUUCCUCGCCUCCAAAACCAGCAUCUACGCGCGCAGCUGGACGCUCUCCCCGUGGGCCGUCCUCUCCUGGUCCCUCCGCCAAGUUGGGCUCCUGAGCAGCAACCCCGCCUCCGACACGCUUGCCGUGGGCUCCUUCGUCAUAGUCGCGAACAUCGAAGCCGCCGCAGCUGCCGUCCUCGCCCAAAUCCGCCAAACACAUACCUCCAAUAUCGCGCUAAUACACUCCCGCGAGACCUUCACCACCGCCUUCGCCCACGCCCUUAGUCCAUCCCUCCCGCUCUCAGCAACAGACAUCACGAUCCUCCUCACACACCUUUCUCGCGACAAAUCCGCCUGCGCCCUCUCCACCGACGGCCGCACCAUCAAGCUCGCCGCCCCCGGCACCGAACCCACGCCCGUGACAGAGCAAGACGUCACAAUCGCGCACCUACGCACGCUCGUUACCUCACUGGAGGCACAGAUCCCUGCGCUUGCCGCGCGCGUCUCUGAACUCGAUGCCUCUGCGCGAAAAGACGUGGCCGCGAAAUCGAAGACCGCCGCGAUGUCCGCGCUGCGUUCGAAGAAGCUGGCAACCUCUGCGUUAGAGCGCCGAACCGCCACCCUCAGCCAGCUGGAGGAGGUGAUGGCGGGGAUUGAGCAGGCGGCGGAUCAGGUGGAGGUUGUGCGGAUCAUGGCUGCGUCUGCGGGCGUGCUGAAGGGCUUGAACAAGGAGGUUGGGGGUGCGGAAGGCGUGGAGGGCGUUGUUGAGGCGCUGCGGGAGGAGAUGGUCAAGGUUGAUGAAGUUAGUGGUGUGCUUAAUGAGGUUGGGGCUGAGGGGGCGGUCGAUGAGGAGGAGGUGGACGAGGAGUUCGAGGCGCUGGAGAGGGAUGCAAGGGAGAAGCGAGAGGCGGCGGAGGCGGAGGAGACGAGGAGGAGGCUCGAGGAGUUGGAGAGGAUCGAGACGGAGAAGAAGGCCAAGGAACAGGAGGCGGACAGACGGAGGACCGAGGACGGGCAGAGGGACCUAAUGAUGCAGGAGCUGGAUCACGUGAUGAGAGAGAGACAGCCUGAGGACACGGAGGUAGAGGAGACUUUAGAGGGCUUUGGCCGGAUGUCGUUGGACGAAGUUCGACCCGCGCAUGCUGAGGCGGAGAAGCGGGAUAAGGACGCGGUUCCGGCGUCUUGA